CCUGGUGUGUGGCACCAGGUACCCCGGGGCACGCUGGCACAGAAAUUAGGGAUCCCUGCUCCUUGUUUGGCGCAGGCAGCUGCUUCUGGAGAGGCCGUGAUUUUGCGUUUGUUUUUGUGUGCUCUGUGUAAGACGGGCAGCCCUGCUGCAGAUGGGAUGGCAGUAGCUGAGAUGCCCGGGAUGAUAACCACGUGAGCCAGGCUUUCCCACGGGCUUGCACUUGGACUUGGCUUUCACAGGCCAUAGUUAGGUGAACAGCUGAGCCAUGUUCCAAUAUGAGCAAGCCUGACCAUCCGAGGCUGGUGUAACAUUUUAUAAACAUGAAAAUGAAAUGUGCAAUUUGAGCUGCUGUAGAGAGUUCACACCAGCCCAUGUUCCCAGAAAGCUGCACAUAUGCAGAAGUGGUAGCUGCUGUUGAUGUGAACACUCUUGCCAAUGAUGUUUAUAAGCACAACUUUCCCAGCACGCCGUUAUGGGCAAAGACUAUUGAGGGCAUAACACUGGAAGAAUUCGACAGAUUAUCUUUUGAUAUGAUUUUGAUGAGCCCUCCCUGUCAGCCUUUUACAAGAAUUGGUCUGCAAGGUGAUGUGUCUGAUCCACGGACUAAGAGCUUUCUCUAUAUCCUUGAUAUUCUCCCAAGGCUUCAGAAGCUUCCAAAAUACCUACUUUUAGAAAAUGUUAAAGGAUUUGAAUCCUCUUCUGCAAGAAAUGAACUUUUGCAAACACUAGCAACAUGUGGAUUUAAAUAUCAAGAAUUUCUCUUGUCUCCAACCUGUCUUGGCAUUCCCAAUUCUAGGCUGCGGUAUUUUCUAAUUGCAAAGCUUCACCAAGAACCAUUUUCCUUUCAAGCUCCUGGACAAAUAUUGACAAGAUUCCCAGAUCAGGAUUUACUCAAGGAAAAAGGUGCUGACAAAGUGGGUGAAACUAGUUCUUCUUUGUCCUCUGAGGAGAAGAACCUGGAUCCAAACAUUGGUCCAGAUUGCAGCAGCAAGAAGAGUUUACCAAAAGGGGCCUUUCUAUUUAAGCUUGAAACAGUAGAAGAGAUGGAAAGGAAACAUAAUCAGGAUAAUGAUUCCUCUAUUCAAAUGCUAAAAGACUUCUUGGAAGAGGAAACUGAAGAAAUGAGUCAAUAUUUCUUACCACCAAAGUCCUUGCUGCGCUAUGCUCUCUUGUUAGACAUUGUUAAACCCACCUGCCGGAGAUCCACGUGCUUUACUAAAGGGUAUGGACACUAUGUAGAAGGGACCGGCUCAGUUCUGCAGACAGCAGUAGAUGUACAGCUUGAAUCUGUGUUUAAACACAUUGACGAGUUAUCAGAAGAAGAGAAGCUUAUGAAAUUGUCAACAUUAAAACUGAGGUAUUUUACUCCAAGAGAAAUAGCAAAUCUUCAUGGAUUCCCUUUGGAAUUUGGUUUUCCUGAAAAGGUAACAGUCAAGCAAUGCUAUCGUCUUCUGGGAAACAGCCUCAACGUACACGUGGUGGCAAAAUUGAUCUCCAUUCUUCUUGAAUAAUUUAGAACCUGAAACUAAUGCAUAUGGACUGCUGACAGAAAAUACUUCCAUCUUUUAGGAGAAAGCUGAUGGAACCUGGACAAAUACCAGAGCUUAUCAAGAUACUUGUCCAGACAUUUUGCUGAACAAUUUUGAUAUAUUUUAAUAACUUGAAUUCAUGAUGGAUUUAAACUGUAUAGGUGUUUUAUUUAAAUGGCAGUUUGCAGGACUUAAUUGCUUUAUUUAAAUGUCAUUUUUCGUGUGUAGAAUGAAAAAUAGCAGCACAUGCGAAUACUUCAAUGAGAACAAUAAGAUUAUUUUAUUUUAUUUUACUUUAUUUAAUUUUUUAUCUUAAAACCAUUUUCUCAGUACUGUGUGAAACUGUGUCAAAGCUGUUUCAGUUAGCUGCAGAGAUCAAGUUCUAUGUGUAAAAUGUCUUCGUCUUUAAACAUAAGUGAUCCAUUCUGAGAAGACUUACUGUAUAUAUGAUCUGAAAUUUUUAUGUGCUUUGUAGCUCAUGAAACUAAUAAAUUCAGUAUUUUAUAUACAA